GAUCAACUGUGUGGAUUUGAUACGGACUGACUGACUGACAGCUCUGUCACACACAGUCAGGCCAGUGGACGAUAAAAGAAACUAGGGCUCGACUCUACAGUCUUUGGGUUUAGAGAGACUGUUGAAGAGGUUGAAGGGGUCAACUGCUGGGGGGAGUGUUCUAUUGGGACAGUGCUUUGUGUAUCCAGCCCAUCUCUAACAGGACGUGCUGGACAGCAGAGGAGUCUUCAUGACACUGAACGGGGUGGGGGGGGAGGAAACCAAAACAAAAGGAAUAAAAGUCCAACUCCGUGGGGAGGUCUCUCUUUAUACCUCAGAAUUUCCUAGGUCCGGUUCGUGCUGUCUGGGAUAAAUGAUCACUUCAACCAGGCGAGUGUCUCCUGACAAAUCUGAAGUUAGAAUCGCCUUCAGCCUUGACCAAGACUCAGAGUUAAAAGAUGUGGAGGAGUCAGCGCCGCCUUUCCCUGAUCUGGAACACAGACUGCAGCCGGUGUCUCCCUGCUCCUCUCUGAGAGAGUCAGUCCAGGUUUACAGGGACCACUGUAGGAUGGCCAAGGAGUUCCACCAGGUCAAACACCAGAUCUCGCUGCUCGAGGACCGCAAGCGUGAGCUGCUGGCAGAGCUGGCGGGGGACGAGUUUGUUGCCGUGGAAAUGGCCUGUCUGGAGGAUGAGUUCCGUGUCCUGUCGGAGGAGAACGCCACGCUGCUCAACGUCCACACUGAGCGAGCUCAGCAACUGGAGACGCUCAGCUCCACCAAUCGGAAUCGGACAAGCCAGGACAGCUCCUCCACGUGACCCCCCCCCCCCCCCCCUUGAACUCGACUUGACCCCGAGAGACGAUGACCUCGCUCGAGACCUUCAAACCGACGCUACGGCCCGUAUUCCAAAAGUGCGGAUCUAGGAUCAGUUCCCCUCUGUUCAUAUAUUCAUAUUUAUUAAGAUCUAAAAAUGCCGAACUGAUCCUAAAUCAGCACUCUUGCUCUGAGCCUCAACUUGGAUAUGGGUCCCUGAAAACAUUACUACCGAUAGCUGUCAAAUCCUUGCUUCCUCUGUCCUUGUUUCCUUAUCUCCUUUCUAAGAGCGUUUUGUUUCCUUAUCUCCUUUUCUAAGAGCAAAGGAGAAGAGGAUACAAGGUCACUCGUUUGGGACCUUCUCUUCCAAUGCACUUUGAGAGGAACUACGGACCAGGGUUUGGGGCCAAUUCUAUUUCAAUUCCAACGAUGGGUUUCUGAUUUCUAAACUUUUUUAAAAAUAUUGUUAAUCAUCAGUUAUACUAGAGACACGAGGAGUGUCAUAGUCUGGUUUCUACACCAAAAGUUAAUGGGUGUCUGUAGGAGUAAUGUUUAAGGUUGGAGUCAAGGAAGGUUGAAUAGGAGCCAGGGGGCUUUGGGAGGUGCUGAGUAGAGGAGAGGCAAUCGCAUGAUUAUGGCGGAGAGCUGUGGAUUAGUAAGGAAUGUAGAGGUCAGGUCAGGUCACAUUAAGGGAGAAGGAACUGUGCAUUGCCCGCAUGACUUUACUUCCUGUCUAGUAUAAAGAUGUUUAGAGAGAAGCAGGAGACUUUGUCUUAUGCAGCUGCAUUGACCCAAUGGGUGAAUAAACUUGGUUUAAGUUUGA